AUGGCCAUCAGUCAUGGAUAUGAGAUUAGGCGACAGUCUUACCACGAGGGCCGACAAUAUUUGACUUGCAAAAGAGCCUAUAAGAGUCGAGGAAAAAAUGCAGAGGUCGAAACAAGCCGGAAGUCCGGUUCAAUAAAGUGUAAAUGCCCUUUUGCGCUAUGGGGUAAAGAGGGUCGUGAUGGAUUAUGGCGCCUUACCAUCAAAAAUGGCAAGCACAAUCAUAAUCCUCAUAAAUAUCCACAAGGACUACGUUCGCUAAGUCGCCUGACUGAAGAGCAACGAGAAGUGACAAAGAUACUGAAAAGGAGCCAUGUGAAGCCGAAGGAAAUUUUGCAUCAUCUGAGGCAGAUGAAUCCGGAUACGGCUGCGUCCUUGAGAGAAGUGUACAAUGAAUCACAGAAAAUUAGAAGAGAGGAAAUGAAAGGAAAAACAGUUAUACAACAUCUGUGGCACGAACUAAGUGAGAGUGGAUACAGCAAAUGGCAUCGAACAAAUCCAGCUGGUGAUACAGUGCAAGACGUUAUGUUUGCGCACCCUGAUUCAAUAAAGCUUUUGCAGUUAUUUCCAUACGUCAUCCUGAUGGAUUGCACGUACAAGACUAACAGAUAUGAAAUGCCUCUUUUGGAGAUCAUUGGGGUUACUCCCGUGGGAAGGAACUUCACUAUUGCCGUUGCUUUUAUGUCACGUGAAGAUGGGGACACUUAUGCAUGGACAUUGCGAUGUUUGCGAGACAUAUUACCAAUCGGGAUAGAACCAGAAGUGAUACUGACAGAUCGUGAGCUGGGCCUACUGAAAGCAUUGCCAAACGUGACGGUGUGGGCAAAAUUAGUCGAAUCUGAGACUGAGGAAGAAUACGAAUGCAACUAUAGAGAGAUAGUUAGUUUGUACGGGCAAUAUCCGAAGCUGAUAACUUACAUCAAUGAAACGUGGUUGAUUUAUAAGGAGAGAUUUGUUAAGUGUUGGACCAACAACAUCGUUCAUUUCGGUAACACGACGACUAAUAGAGUAGAGAGUGCACAUCGUGCAUCGAAGCGUUGGAUCCAAACAUCGACUGGAGCUAUGGAUACAGUUCAAAAUGCACUAGAUGCGCAAGUUGACCUUCAAAUUAAUGAAUUGAAGGUGGAAAACGAAAGUAGUAGAACAGUCAGGAUGUACAGUACUUCACUGUCGUGCUUCGGUGCUUUGGUAUGUAACGUAUCACACAAAGCACUGGACCUGUUGGAUAAAGAGUACGAAAAAUUGGAAAAUAAUCCGGAUAGUUGCAACUGUUACCUAAGCCGAACCCACGGACUCCCGUGUGCGUGUAUGAUUGCAGUUAAAAUUGCUGAGGGAGAUACUUUUUAUCCGCAACAGUUACAUCCAUUCUGGAGAACGUUGGUUGUCGAGCCAAAGUCGGAUCCAUGGGAGGACGAGGAGGAACCGUUUGAUCGCACAGUUGCAAUUAAGAAAGUUCUUCUCGAUGAGUUCGAGAAGUUAUCAAACAAAGAUUACAUGUCCCAAAAAAAUGCGGCCGACUAUUUACGGGACCUAAAUAAUCCUUCUUCAACGUAUUUACAAGAGCCGUCAUUUGUGAAGGCCAAGGGACGACCUAAGAAUAACUCAAUGAAGAGGAACUUGUCCGGAUAUGAGCACACGAUGAAUCGGAAAUCCGAGGUUAAAUCUUCUUCCGGCUCUAAGGGUCGCAAAACCCCGACCGAAAGGACGCCAGACUCAAAAUUUAAAGCUGAUACGCCAGAGUCAAAGGUUAAAGGUCGUCCUCGCGGAUGUACUAAAUCGACGGAAGAAUCAGUUGUUACUGCCGGCGACCGGGUCAAUUUCUUUUCAUUCCUUCCUCCGUUUCUCGCACAGUCCAUAGCCUCAUAUGUUAAUGUGAGGGCCGAUGGAAAUUGUGGCUACCGAUGCAUAGCCGAAGUUGUUUACGGCAGUCAAGAGAGAUGGCCACAAGUCAGAACUGACUUGGUUGAGGAGUUUAUGGAGCGUUACAAUCUAUAUGCUAAUAUUUUUGGUGGGGAUGAGGGGGGUCGAAAUACAGUCGCUGAUUAUAUCUUGACAUGCAGUCAUGAGAGGGGACCGGCGCCACGGACGAAAUGGAUGUCAACAGAUGGCGAUCGCUACAAGAUACAACGCAAUGGUAUUAAUAUUCACUGA